AUCUGCACAUAAUCUGCAAUGCCAUGACCGACUUUCACUUGCAAUUUAUCAUAGACGGGAGGUGUGGUCACAUACGUCACACUAUAAAGAAUAAAGAUCUGACUGGGGGCAAGUGACUGCAAUGAACAGUCCAGAGUGCGCAGUCCGGGAGUCCUCAGCAGAUGUACAUCUGAAAUAAAGCGUCUGCAAUUUCACCAAAUCAUGCAGAGAGAAGGCGCGUGCCCCUCAGCAAACAGUGUGGGCAGACCUGUUCCCUGAAUCCUCUGUAGCAGGCGUGGGCAUCUUACCGAGGAAUCGCCUCGCAUUUCGAGAGUUCGGUUGCAAGGCAGAAGGACUUGAGCUGAGAACGUCCAGCGGAUUCCGCUUGACUCGGGUUUGACUGAGGCAAAGGGGAGGGAGGGGAAAAAAAAACAAAUAAGCAAGUAGCAGAUGUUGUAAAGUUUAACGGUGGCACACAACUUGGGCCCCGAGCAGCAUUGGAGCGAAUGGAGACUGCAGCAAGUGGAAAAGCUGGCGUUUCAGCCUGCUGGAGAAAUUAACCAGCCUAGAGACUGACCUUGAAUUCUCAGGAACCCGCAAGCUUUAAAUCCACAGCCCACGCCCCUUUUUAAACUAAAAUCAAAUUCCUGGAAUAGACGAGCAAUGUGUACCGAGGGUUUCCAAUACCGAGCUCUGUUUGAAUACAAGAAGGAGAGAGAAGAAGAUAUCAAUUUAUUGCCGGGGGACGUUCUGACCGUGAGCAAGUCAGUGCUGUUAACGGCCAGUUAUCAAGAGGGGGACGAGAAGAACCCCAAAGGGUGGCUAAAUGGUAUUAACGAAAGAAACAAAGACAAGGGUGACUUCCCUGGAACCUAUGUUGAGUUUGUGGGGCCGGUUCGCAUUGUGCCUCCGACUCCCAAAGCGAGACCAAGACCUGUCCCUCCCACACCUGGCGGUGCUGCGGCGGCCAGCCCAGCUCUCACUUCUGUUCCCUCGGGGCAGGAGCUAACUGAACUGUUAACUUUGCCGGAUCAAGCACCACAGAUUGUGAUGAAGCUGAUUGAAGCCUUGGAGAAGAAAGGUGCAGAAAGUGAUGCCCUCUAUAGGCCUCCUCCUGGCUCACCAAGUGGUUUGGAACUCAAGGAAGCACUCGAAACUGAUAUGGCAGCUGUUGAUAUCGAUCAGUAUGACAUCCACAUCAUUGCAGGUGCACUGAAGCAUUACUUAAGAGAGUUGCCUUCACCUGUGAUUCCACCAGCUAUUUACAGUGAGCUAGUCUACACUGCCCAAGAAAUCCAGAACCUCGAUGAGUGUGUCCAACAAAUCAGAAGAAUUGUGGAAUCUCCCAGCCUGCCCCAGCAACACUGCCUUGUUCUGAGAUAUCUGGUGAAGCACUUCUGUAAAGUGUGUCAGAGUGAAGCUGCAAACAAUCUCACCCCAAGGCUACUUGGUGAAGCCUUCAGUGAUGUCUUCUUCAGGCAUUCAUUAUCAAGUGCUGAUGUGAAUCCAGAACACCACAUUAAGAUCAUUGAGGCACUUAUUAUGACUGGAGGCUUGGCUGAAAUGCAAGCUGCACCAGCUCUUCCUCCGAAGCCGCCUAAACCCAUGACAUCAAUAACUGCCAAUGGAAUGAAAGAUAGUGGAAGCAUCUCUCUACAGGAUGCUGAAUGGUACUGGGGAGAUAUCUCUAGGGAAGAAGUGAAUGACAAGUUGCGAGACAUGCCAGAUGGCACGUUCCUCGUGCGGGAUGCUUCUACUAAGAUGCAGGGAGAUUAUACUUUGACCCUCAGGAAAGGAGGCAAUAACAAGCUAAUCAAAAUAUACCAUCGAGAUGGAAAAUAUGGCUUCUCUGACCCACUCACUUUCAGUUCUGUGGUGGAACUUAUUAACCAUUACAGGCAUGAGUCCCUUGCCCAGUACAACCCAAAAUUGGAUGUAAAAUUAAUGUAUCCAGUCUCUAAGUUCCAGCAGGAUCAAGUGGUGAAAGAAGACAAUAUUGAUGCUGUUGGCAAAAAACUACAGGAAUACCAUAACCAAUAUCAGGAUAAGAGUAAAGAAUAUGAUCGGCUUUAUGAAGAAUACACACGGACAUCGCAGGAAAUACAAAUGAAGAGAACUGCAAUUGAAGCUUUUAAUGAAACAAUAAAAAUAUUUGAAGAGCAGUGUCACACUCAAGAACGUUACAGCAAAGAAUACAUUGAGAGAUUUCGGAGGGAAGGGAAUGAGAAGGAAAUAGAACGGAUAAUGAUGAACUAUGAAAAACUGAAGUCUCGUCUUGGAGAGAUCCACGACAGCAAGAUACGCCUGGAGCAGGAUCUGAAAAAACAAGCGUCUGAUAACCGGGAAAUUGACAAGAAAAUGAACAGCAUUAAGCCUGACCUAAUUCAACUACGUAAAAUUAGGGAUCAGUACCUGGUAUGGCUCAAUCACAAAGGAGUGCGUCAAAAGCGAAUAAAUGACUGGCUUGGAAUCAAAAAUGAAAAUGUAGAUGACACAUACUUUAUCACUGAAGAAGAUGAAAACCUUCCUCACUACGAUGAAAAGACCUGGUUUGUAGGAGCUAUUAAUCGAACACAAGCUGAAGAUUUACUGCGAGGAAAGUCAGAUGGUGCCUUCCUAAUCAGGGAAAGCAGUAAAAAGGGCUGCUAUGCCUGCUCUGUGGUCGCUGACGGAGAAGUGAAGCACUGCGUCAUUUACAGCACGCCAAGGGGUUAUGGAUUUGCCGAACCAUACAACUUGUACAGCACUCUUAAAGACCUGGUGCUGCAUUACCAACAAACUUCACUGGUCCAGCACAAUGACUCUCUGAAUGUGAGACUGGCUUACCCCGUCUACAGCCAGCUGCCCUCUCUGCGUAGAUGAAUGUUUGAGUUGGCAAUGACAGAUUACAGAACACUGAGGGCAUUGUACUUGGCUGCUUUUGCACAGUGAGUACAGAAUAUGAACAGGACAGGGGCGUACUCAAGAGUUCAGGUGACCUGGUGCUACCUAAACUCCAACUGUGACUUUGUUUUUUGCUUUUAUUUCAGUCACAGAGAAACACAAAAAUAAACUGGAAAUGUAUCUUUUUCUUUGGUUUUUGUUUUGAUGUCAUUCGUGUGGAGCUGAAACUUAAGUCCAAACAGUCUGGUGCUGACGGCUCUAGGCUACUUAUCAUGAGAAUUUAAAAAUCUCCAACUUUUAGACGUUCUUUUUCAUGGAGCAGACAUUGAGAACUCUAGUCUUAACUUCAGAUCUCUACAACAUCUAGUGCAACUCUGAUGAGAGCACCCAUGUAUGGAGAAGACCUCUUUGCAUUUUUAGUUUAGUCGAUGUAUCCUUCUUGAACUAGACUAUGUUAUCUGAAUUCUUUCACUUGUCGGAGGACACUGAACUCUGUGUGAAAGAAGACCAAAGGCAUUCAGGAGAGCUUCUGACAAAAAAAAGUUUAAAACUGGCAAAAUUUGAAAACAAAAAGUUGCACAAGGGUCGUUUUCAAUGUACUGGAGUACAAAUUGAAAAAAAAGAAAUACAAAUAAAGAACAUUUUAUGGCUUCUGUGACUCUGGAGCUCUUCACAAAACUAAAAUGAAUAGACCAGGGCAUCUUUGAAUGUUGGUUUUAGCGUUUAAAUGUUCAGUCAGAUGUCUGCAGCCGCACAUAUUUACACCAAAACUUGUGCUUUUAAAAAACAAAAACAUUAUGCAUAAUGUUAUUAACGUAGAACUGAAUUUUUGCAAUUUUACUUGAACCAGUCAUAUUUAACCCAGAAGGUGAGCAUCAAUACAUUGUUCUAAUGGAUAAGUAAUUUAAAGCUAUUUAGAUUUAGGAUAAGGGGGAAAGAAACAGAAUAAUCUUGUUUUACUGUUCAUUCUUCUGGAUGGCAGAGAAAGAUCUUGUAGUCUGAAGAACCGAUGGGGAUUUGGCUGAGAGAGGAUGAAUUGGUGGUUGCUACCUAUUCCCAUUCCUGUAUAAAACGAAAACCCAUUAACUUAACCUUUCAUAAUUUUUUUUUAAACAAGCUGAUUCAACAUGACUUCUAUUGUGUUGCCAGUUUAUUUUUGGAUGUUGUGAUGAUCAUAGUUGGAUCUUAUGUGAAUAGCUUAAUUAUGAAUAGAGUAAGAAAUUUCUUUCAGAAUCCAUUGAGCAUGUUUCCUGGUAUGUCAGACCUUAAGAACAUGGCUCAUCCAGGAAAAAAGAGCCCCAUGAUGCACCGGGCAUGUUUUUUGUGCAAUUCAAAAGAAAUUUUACAGAUGUUUAUGUAGGAAACAUAAAAGAUGGCAGCUAAUUUUGGCAAUACUAAUCUCACUUCAUUAAAUUUGAUUUUGUUUUAAAUACUUUUUUCCAAAUCUGGAGUAAUGUGUUUUCAUAAUGUUAAGUGUGCAAAGUGAUUUGUCAUCUUUUCUUCUGCUAACUACUUACAAAGCCCAGUACUGAUUAGUUCUGCUUUCUAAUAAGCACAGCAUGGUGUGCUCUGUGCCUUUUUUUCCACUUCCCUUGGAGCAGUGGUCCAUUUUACUAGCUUUUGCCACUGUUCAAAUUUCUCUGCCCUUUUAUUGUUCCAUAUAUGCAAAGAGUAAUGGACUCUGUGAAGAAUGCAGUUCAAGUGAACAGGAUGUAUUCUGUGUUUCUAUUUCUAUACCCAGGAAAUUUAGGAUUUUAAAAAGUAUGGUCUGUUUAAAAAGUUAUGUUUUUUGUGCCAUCCAGAUGCAGUUGAGUUUAGAAGUAUGUCGCGGUUAUGAUAUUACUGCAGACAUCUGAUGUAAUGUAUGCUAACUUUGUACUAGACAAAUGUAAGUCCAUCCCAAGGUCUUGAGGGCAGCUGGAGUUAAAUGUUGCCAUUGGGCUUUGUGAGGGUCCCUGUUCAACUGCAGAUCACAGGGAAAAUUGAAACACCUUUUUAAUUCUUCACUGUGCACAAGUUGGUGCUGGUGCUUCUCCACUGCUAUUAUUGGUGCAGCUGUAUCUGUGGCCCACUCACUAAAAGCUCUUUUGUCCGUACUUGAGCAGUCCUAUUUUGUUGAUGAAUGGUUUUUUUUGUACUAGUGAAGUGAAUCAGACCCUGGAAUGGAGUUGAACAUUGUAUGUUUCCUGCACCCACAGGAAGUGGGUGGUGAGGGGAGAGGUGGAUGGGUAAGCAUACUGAAAAGGAUUGAAAUGCAAAUACUGGAAGCACUGGAAAGGAUUCCGAAGAAAACUUGAGUGUUUCUGCCAAUAUUUAGAAGAACUUUUUUUAGGAAAAGUACUUUAACCUUCCCCAAGAGCCUUGUUUUAUUUAAAUACUAAGGCUGGGUAUUUAGGUCAAACUUUUAUUAAAUGUUUAAUAUUCAAGUACAAAAUGUGCCCUAUUUGGGAAGUUGUAAGACUAUUGAUUCUUCAUAGCAUUGCUAUGGAUGUUACCUUGUAGUCUAAUCCCCUUCUUUGAAAGUUCUCCCCUGCCAGCCUUUGGCCCAACACCCCUGCAUUGUACCACCAAUGAACCUUGUGCCAAGUCUUUUUGUGGCUAUAAAUUUUAUCAAACAGAAGAUACAGCCCAUUACCACAUUUACUAGUGAGUGCCAUUCUGCUCUGUCGUGGAACAUACAGCUGCUGAUCCCUGAAUGCAUAAGCGACUUAUAUAUCUGAAACACUUCAUGGUGGUGUAACACUUCCAUUAGAUGCCUGAGAGGAGUAAGUGAAAUAAUAGAAAAAGGCAAACCUCCUCAUUAACUGUACUUUGGAGUCUGGCAAUGCGAGCAUUAUUCUGCACACUGUCCUGCCCUUGCAGCUAAAAUUCAGCUGAAAGACUUAAACUGUGAGGAAGAAAUGUGGCUAGGGAGAGGGGAAUAGCUUUGAGUUUAAAAAUUCAGUUUAAUAGGUUUCUUUUUGUGAAGUAAAUUGGUUGCAUACUGACCUCUAUACACUUAAAUUUUGUCUGCUGUUUAAGUGGGGUGAAUUAGAAGAGUUGAACUGAACUUUUUUUUAUUAUUCAUUCAUGGGAUGAGGACAUCACUGGCCAGGCCAGCAUUAAUUGCCCGUCCCUAAUUGCCCAGGGGGCAGUUAAGAGUCAACUACAUUUCUGUGGGCCUGGAGUCAAAUGUCGGCUAAACCAGGUAGAGAUGCAGUUUCCUUCCCUAAAGGACAUUGGUGAACCAGAUGGGUUUUUCCAACAAUUGGCAGUGGAUUUGUGUUCGUUAUUUAAAUCAACAGUUUUGAACCUGAUGCUUCAGGUCAGCAUUUUUUUUUAUUAUUUAACUAAAUUUAAUUUUCAAAUGUAGCUAUCAAUUAAAGAUUAUUUCAAUUUUGAGUGAAAUGCUGAAGUGUCUCAGACUGGAGUUGGUGAAUACUUUUUUUUAAUCCUGUCUGCCCUUUCCUCAUUUUCCCCCAUAACGUGAUCUGACCUCUCAGUGAAAGAACAGGUCAGUUUCUUUAGUGAUUUUUGUGGCUGUAGUUUAUAGCAUUUGUGGAGGCAACAAGAGGAGUGUAUGUGAAAUAGGAUGCUUGUCAGCACUACAUCUCCAUACAAUUUGCAUUGUUGUGAUUAUUUUUGAGCAAAGAGAAGUCUUGCACCUGACAGCUUAGUGCAGGAGAAUCUUUUGCAAGAUAUCUUGAAUCUAUUUAUAAAUGAUGUUUGUAAUUGAUUACCGUAUUUUUUUUUAAGAACUGGAAUAUCCUGGUGAUUCAGUCCUGGCUGGGAUUAAAGUUCUAACUUGAUGAAAUUUCUCCUGUAUUAACCUGAGUGGGGUUGGGAUUGGAAGUAGAGCUGUAAUCAAACCCUUUGUUUUGAAUUAUUAUUUUACUUGAAACGUCCAAGGAGAUUCAUCACUGCAACAAACAUUUAUGAAGUUCCCAUUCAGUUCCUUGACACAUUGUAAUUUACCUGUGUGCAGUUGAAAUUGCCUUGAGUUUAGAUUUUUCCAGAACUGUUGAGAAUUGUUCAAUUUGUGGUGUUAUUUGUAGCAGUAUGGUCUGGGGAAAAAAAAGUCUAUUCAUCCACAGAUUGGGUUUUUCAGCUUUGUUUUAAAAAUUGUUUUCUUUAUAAAGGGAUUUUUCCAGCUCUAACACCAUACGCUGAAUAACACAAUACUUCUUUAAUUAAAAACAAAAGGGGAAGAAACCAAUAUUUCACACUCUUACUUCUGGGAUCUUGGUUUGAAAAUGGUGUCAUUGUUGAGUAAGCAUUCCUCUGUCUGUAAAGGCCCUCAGUAAAAUGAUGCUUAAUGAUUAGUACCUAAAGAUCAGAGGACUGCAAUAUAUAAUUGACUGCUAGCUGACACUAAAUUGAUUUAUAACUUGGGCCUUGGAGAUAGCUGUGGUAACUGGUAAAUGAGAUAAAGUAAAAUUUCAAACUACUAUGUAGGAAAUUGAUGACAAACAAAUAUGAUGGCAGAACAAAGAAGCUCUAUUCCUCGCCUGGCUUAGGACUGCUUGUUGCUGACAGGAACAGCAUGGGAAGUGGUCUUCAUUCUCUAUUGGUGUCCGUCCUCUUGAUGAGUUCAAAAAGUAUAAUUGUAAAAAAGAAAGUUACAAGCAAUCCUAUAUAACAGGUGGAGGUGCUGAGUUUUUUAAAUUUUACCGCGUACGACUAUUGCAUAUUGCAAGGCCUGAUAAUCUAAAGGGUCCUAAACAGCAUGGAAGUGAUCAGUUUGAGUCAUUACAUAAUCCAUAGCCAAUCGAGAACAGCGAUGCUGUAAUAUCUAAAGCACUAAACAAUCUUGAAAAUUUAAUUAAAAAUGAAUAAUUCUACCUGGUCAGCAGCUGGUUUUCUCACUUUCAUGAUAAGUACAUCAGGCUUCCCAAACUGAUUUUAAAUUUGAAGUAUUUAUAAAUUGGAAGUGCCUCUGAAUUCAAUUUGCUGCAGCCUUUCUAGGUUGCUAAUUCAGCAUUGAAUGUAAAAGUACUCUUAAAUUCAACAUUCAUGUCCCAUUCCAAAAUUGCACUUUCAGCUGUUAGACUCUGAACCCUGACUCCAGAUUUGUUUUUAAAUUUACAUAUUUUGCUGUAUUAUCGUCUAACUAAGCUUUUGUAGAACAUUUGUUUUUCCAACACUUGCGGAGAAAACACAUUAUCCAUAAUAAGCUGAUGACAAAUAAUCCCCAGCCUUAGUAGAAAUUCUUUAUUAUUGAGCAAUACAAAUGUUCCAAUACCACAGUCUGCAAUUGUUAACUUACUAUCCCAGACUUUUUUUAAUGCUUUUUAGUCAGUAUUCUGUUUGUACCUAGGUGUAAAGUAUGCUUUCAAGUUCUUUUCAUGAAUGCAUUUUUCUUUUACAAAGAGAAGUUCUAUCCUGAUAAUACUUGUUUUAUUUGAAUGAUUAUAUUCUUUGAUUGUUUUAAUUUUUUAUUAUAAAUUGGAUUGUUUUGGUUCUCUGCAGGACAGAAGGCUUUACAUGAUUUGUUCCAGACGGUGGGGUCAAAAAUCAUUUCUGUGCAUUUUCCUUUUUCAUUCUUUGUUUGCUCUGUAGCUCUCACAUUUGUCUCUCGGUCAUCCCUCGUGUUCUAGCUCACUCUUGCCUCUUGCUCUGUGGGGGCUAACCCUCUUUCUCACAAAAACCCUCACACCUGCCCCCCCUCCCCACACCCUGCUUGCUUGCUCUGUCUGUCUUGCUUGUUCUGUCUUUUGCUCUUCUCUUUCAAAAAAAAAUCAUGCACUUUUCAAAGACAAAAACCCAGCAUGUAACUUAAAUAUGUUGACUGUUGUAUCUGUGUAAUUCAGCUUUGUUCAGUCUGUAAAUCGUGUAGUUUAAUAUGAACUUAUGUAGCUUACAAGAAAAGGUCACAUCGUGCAUUGCAGUCAAUAGAGUAGCAUCUGCUCCCAGUCCUGGUAUAUUAUACUUUACAGAUAACUGUAUACUGCACCAGGUUGUAUCAGUUGUACAGAUCUCUGUUCCUAGUCUGCAGCUGAGACUUUUGUGACACCAGUAACUGGUCACAGCAUGUAUGGGAUUUUCUGCAUUAUAAGCAUUAAUUCUGUGUUUCACUCUCCACACAGUAACAGCUACUGUGUUCAGAAAUUUUGUGAUUUUUUUCCUUUUUGUCAAGUUGCCAUAAUUUCAUAUUCGUCUAUCUUGCGGAAUAAAAAUGUAUUUUGUUCAGAAUCAGUGUGAAGGGUUUAACUUUCAACAAAAAUAAAACCAAUACCACCUGUCA